UCUCUUUUCUAACGUUCGCGCAACGACAUUGACUAUCGAGAGAGCUUUUUGCUGCGCAGGGCGCCUUAACUUACUUAACUUAUUUAGUCGAUUGCAAUUAUAUAAAAAUGCUUAAAUAAUGGUUUCCCAAAUCAAUUUUGCAAUUAAUAAAAGCUAUCAUAACAUUACGUAAACUACAUACAACAAGCGCAGCUAGAGUCCGUUGUUGUUGUUGUUCUGCUGUGUGUGAGAUGCAGAUGUGUAAUAUGUUUUUGUUUUUGUUGCGACGCCAAAUUGCAUUUGCGGCCGAUACGCCGCUCGAUCCUUAAACACGACAUAUCGGAUACAACGGCCACAGCCACAGCCACAGUCAAAAGAACUCCCUGUUUUUUAACUCGUAACCAACUACUAGAGAGCCGCAUCCGCUCCGUGCGUUUACCAAUAAUGCAAAUUCAAUGUAUGCCAAUAUUUCAAGUAAUUUUCGUGCUCUCAACAAUUGUCGCAGUCACAGAUUGUUGUUCGAGCCGGAUUUUACUGUUGCGCCAGCAAACACUGCAAAUUGAGGAGCAUGUCGUCCAAUUGGUAAACCAAUUGGAGCUACAGCAACAACUCAAUCUCGAUGGGCAGCCCUCUGCAACGGAUAUAUUCGCCGAUACAGCUCAAAUGCUACAAGUAUCAUCGGCUCUGGAUAUUGACGGCGAAUUGGCAACAAUUGCGACAACGGAGCGCGAUAGUAACACAGGCAUAGCGUCCUGGUUCCAUGACGAAGAAACAACUACGACGACAACAACAACAGCAACAAAAACUACCAUGCCUAUCACGACCACAAGCUCAGCAGCAAUAUCAUCCACAACAGUGUCAACAACUGUAAAUACAAUGGCCACGGGGGAACCGCCGCCCGAUGAGCGCACGCCCCAACUGGCAACAGACGCCACAAUUUCUGAAGCGGGCGAAACGCUGCAAACGACGACGACAAAUAAGAGAACAGAAGCAACCACCGCAGAAGCAGAAACAGCAACGACAGGAACAGCAGAAGCAACAACAACAAUGACAACAACCAACUCGGAAGACUUGAGCUUUAAGCUGCCCUGCAGCAAUACCUAUAUGAAGUACUUUUGUCUUAACGGCGGUAACUGCUUUCGCUGGGCCGAGAGCGAGAACGGUUUUAGCUAUUGCGUGUGCGCCGUUGGCUUCGUGGGCGAACGCUGCGACUCAAAGACUGAAAACGGAGUAUAUGUACCGUUGCGUCCCAGCACACCCGAGCCCCAGCUGAAGACGGCGCACAUCGUUUUCUCUUUCCCCAUGCUCAUGUUGCUCUCCACGAUUUACGUGCUCUUCGGCGCAAUGUUUGUGUUGCGCAAUGUGUCCGCGCAACGGCGAAAGCAACAACAGUUGCACUUGCACAAGCAGCGCUUUUUCGUCAGCUGUUAAUAGAGCUGUUAAAACAGAAACGGCCGGGCUGCCAACUUGUUUAUCGCUCUUUCACUUUUGUUUUUGUGGUUCGCUAAGGGAACCAACAUUUGACGCGAUUUAAAUUUUGGAAACGGAUUUUUGUUUCACCACUUUGCUAUAAAUGCCACUUGAUGCAUUUUUCCUUUAUCUUCUACGAUUCAUUCUUUCUUUACGUUGCGCAACGCUUUAAUUUAUUUAAUUACAUUAUAAUUGUUUUCGUAAAUUCUUUGUAUUUAGUUGCAAAAAAGAGCGCUCUUUUCUAUAGAAGCUUCAAUUUAAGCUUAGUAGAUUUUGUUUUGUAGUAACAUUUUGUUACGCUAUUAGUAUGUAGCUAAUAUUUAAACUUUAGCGUUAUCACUGUUAUUAUUGAUAAUUUUUUUUCUUCAUU